AUGCACGUUAGAAGCUACCUGUCUGCCGUCCUGUACGGCCUGCCAGCACUGACCCAAGUUGCUGCUGCCAAGUCCACAGGGGACCCUUUCCAACUCUACACCAUCAGCGCAGAGAACAUCACGGCCAAGCUCAUCCCCUACGGAGCACGCUUGACUUCUCUCCUCGUCCCUGACCGCGACGGCAACUUCCAGGAUGUUGUCGUAGGCUACGACGACCCCAAGCAGUAUCUUAAGGACUCCGAGACCAACCACACCUUCUUCGGUGCAGUCGUCGGCCGAUACGCCAACCGCAUCAAGAACGGCACGUUCUCAAUCGGUUCAGAUGUGUACCAUAUCCCCGAGAACGAGAAUGACGGUGAAGACACGCUCCACGGAGGCACCGUAGGCUACGACCAGCGCAACUGGACCGUAACCGCGUACAGCAAUUCCUCCAUCACAUUCACCCUGGUUGACCGUGCCUUCGAAGACUUCCCCGGAGACGUCAUCACCCAUGCCACAUUCAGCGUGCAAACCAAAGUCACGCCCGAGAACCCCCAGGGUCUCCCUCAAUUGACCACCAAACUCGUCUCCCUUGCCCUGACCGAGACAACCCCAAUAAUGCUGGCCAACCACAUCUACUGGAACCUGAACGCCUUCAAGGACGAGACUGUCCUCGAAGACACCUGGCUCCAGCUGCCACUCUCCAAGCGCCUCAUCGGCACAGACGGCAUCCUAAUCCCCAACGGCACCAUCCUCGACGUCAGCGUCUACGACAGCGCCCCGGACUUCGUCUCCGGCAAACUCGUCGGCCAAGACAUCGCGAAAGCCGACGGACUCUGCGGCGAUGACUGCACCGGCUAUGACAACUGCUUCAUCGUAGAUCGCCCUCCUCAAUACGCAGCUCGUAACUCCAUCGUCCCGAUUGUCCACAUGAACUCCAGCACCACCGGAAUCAGCCUCGACGUCGCUACCAACCAGCAAGCUCUCCAGAUCUACUCUUGCAACGGCCAGAACGGCACCAUCCCCGUCAAGCAAUCGCAAGUCCAGCGCAACAAGGCCGAGGGUGUCGAUGGCGCUGAAUACGUCAACCAGCAUGGUUGCAUUGUCAUUGAGACUGAGGGCUGGAUUGACGGUAUUAACAACCCUCAGUGGGGUCAAUUGUCGGACCAGAUCUAUUCUCCUGAGACGGGGCCCGCUGUUAACUGGGCUACUUACCAGUUUGGUACUGUGUAA